AUGUCAUCCAACAUUUUAGAACAGUCCUUAGACGAUAUAAUUGGUGAAAAACAACAUCAAAGAAAAUUUGUUCCUAGUCGUAGAAGAGGAAAUCCAAAUUUCCGUCGUGGUGGUGGUGGAGCAGGAGUCUCCACCAGAGGCAAUCGUCAUCAUCCAUAUCGAUCAAAUCCUUCAACUAGAAGAGACACCGAUUCAUAUAUUCCUAGACCAGCAGUUUCAUCAUCUUCUUCAAUACCAAAACAAGUAUCUUUAUUAGCCAAUGGACGUCCAACAUUAAGAAUUAAAAACAUUCAUCCGGAAUUAAAUGGUGAAGAUUUAUCAAAUUUAUUUUCUAGUAUAUCACCAGUUGAUUUUGUUAAAUUUGAUGAUGAUAAUGAUACUAUUGCAUAUAUUUGUUUCCAAAAUGAUUGUGAAAGAAGUAAUCUGGAAGCCAUUGCUAAAUUUGAUGGGAAAAAAGCUAUGGGUAAAAUACUUAUUGUGGAAAAUACUACUAGUUUAUUAGAUAGAAUUGAUACAAGAAAUAUCAAUCAUAGAAUAACAAGUAAUGGACCACUGCAUUCAUCACAUCGUUCUUAUUCUCAUUCUCAUCCUAGAGGUACUAGUUCAGGUAGACGUCCUCCAAGAGAAAGAAAAAUCGGUGGUAAAACUAGACCUGCUAAAAAGACAGCAGAAGAUUUGGAUAAAGAAUUGGAAAAUUAUAUGGGUAACACUACUGAUACUUUAGAUCAGGAAUUGGAUAAUUAUAUGCAUGAGACAACAACCACAAACACAAAUGAACCAUCAGGUGAACAAGUAGCUACAUCUACUAUAAAUGAUGAAAUGACUCUUGAUUGA